AUGAGUCACAUCUGUAGCGGGUUCAGUACGCCUGUGCAACGAAGACGGCCGGAUAGAAAGCAAAUAGCUGGCGAGAAUGUGAUGCAGGCGAAAGAAAGAGUUUCCCGUGACCAAACGCAGAUUCGUAAAUCCCUCCGUCUCACUCUCUCACACACAGCCUUCAAAUCUGAGGAUCAUUGCCUGAGCUCAGCAAAUUUUUUUGAGACACAAUGUCUGUGGUGGAUGAGCCAUUGGGAGGACAGGACCCGGAAGGAGUUGAUCCCAUUUUUAAGUGAGAACAAUGAUGAUGACGACGAGGUUCUGCUUGCGAUGGCCGAAGAACUGGGUGUGUUUAUUCCAUACAUUGGAGGGGUGGAGCAUGCUCAUGUGUUGCUCCCACCUUUGGAAGCCCUUUGCACUGUAGAGGAGACUUGUGUGAGGGACAAAUCUGUGGAGUCAUUGUGUAGAAUUGGAUUACAGAUGAGGGAAAAUGAUAUGGUCGAUUGGUUUAUCCCUCUUGUGAAGAGGCUGGCAGCUGGUGAGUGGUUUACAGCUCGAGUUUCUGCAUGUGGACUGUUUCAUGUUGCUUACCCCAGUGCCCCAGAUGUGUUAAAGACAGAGCUAAGGUCAAUAUACAGCCAACUGUGUCAAGAUGAUAUGCCAAUGGUGAGAAGGGCUGCUGCAACUAACUUGGGGAAAUUUGCUGCUACAGUUGAAGCUUCUCACCUCAAGACUGAUAUAAUGUCAAUGUUUGAGGAUCUUACUCAGGAUGAUCAAGAUUCUGUUCGCUUGUUAGCUGUUGAGGGCUGUGCUGCUCUUGGCAAGUUGUUGGAGCCUCACGAUUGUGUUGCACAUAUCGUCCCUGUAAUUGUCAAUUUUUCGCAGGAUAAGUCUUGGAGAGUUCGCUACAUGGUGGCAAACCAGUUGUAUGAGCUUUGUGAAGCUGCGGGACCUGAAUCUACCAGGAUGGAUUUGGUUCCUGCUUAUGUACGCCUACUUCGAGAUAAUGAAGCCGAAGUACGCAUAGCUGCUGCUGGGAAAGUCACCAAAUUCUGUCGGAUUCUUAAUCCUGAACUUUCUAUUCAGCAUAUUCUUCCCUGUGUGAAGGAAUUAUCAUCGGAUUCUUCACAACAUGUUAGGUCUGCUCUGGCUUCUGUUAUAAUGGGAAUGGCUCCUGUGUUAGGGAAGGAUGCAACAAUUGAACAACUUCUUCCAAUAUUCCUUUCCCUUUUGAAGGAUGAAUUUCCUGAUGUACGCCUCAAUAUUAUUAGCAAACUGGAUCAAGUCAAUCAGGUUAUUGGAAUUGAUUUGCUAUCUCAAUCUUUAUUACCAGCUAUAGUUGAGCUAGCAGAGGAUAGGCAUUGGAGGGUUCGCCUUGCAAUUAUAGAGUAUAUACCUUUAUUGGCUAGUCAAUUGGGUGUAGGAUUUUUUGAUGAUAAGCUUGGUGCCCUUUGCAUGCAGUGGCUACAGGACAAGGUUUAUUCUAUUCGAGAUGCUGCUGCUAAUAAUUUGAAACGACUUGCUGAAGAAUUUGGUCCGGAGUGGGCAAUGCAGCAUAUAGUUCCUCAGGUUUUAGAUAUGAUAAAAAAUCCACAUUAUUUGUACCGGAUGACUGUUCUUAGUGCUAUUUCAUUACUUGCCCCUGUCAUGGGUCCCGAGAUGACAUGUUCUCAGCUGUUGCCUGUGGUUGCUACGGCAUCAAAAGACAGAGUGCCCAACAUUAAAUUUAAUGUGGCCAAGGUGUUGCAGUCCCUUAUUCCCAUAGUUGAUCAACCGGUGGUGGAGACAACCAUCCGACCCUGUUUGGUAGAGCUCACCGAGGACCCCGAUGUUGAUGUCCGGUUUUUUGCCAAUCAAGCACUUCAGUCAAUUGAUAAUCCCUUGAAGGCUGCCAUGUGGAAGGGAGAUGAAGUGGCGCUGCACAGCGAAGCAGCGAUGGUGGAAGUGCGAUUCUUAGGACAUCGACGGUGGAGAGGAAGUGCGAUGGAGAAGACGCCAGUCGCUUCUUGCAGCGACGAGCUCCACUAUUGUCUCCGGCGAUGGAGAGGACGCCAGUCACUUCUCGCAGCAGCGAGCUACGGGAGUUUCAACGGCAAAGUUUGUGCGAUUUAUAAGUGGUGA